CCAGCCGCCCACUCGGCACCACAUUCCCGUGGGCCGGGCCCUCUCGCAGCACGGUUCGCCUUUACUCUGGACGGCUCCGUGCACUCAUGACAAUUGGAGCCAGUCGCCACGAACCUGCGAAAAUGGCAGCGAGGAACAAGCGACGAGCCACUGGCGCGGACGAGCCCGCCCUACGCCGCCUCGCCUGAGGCUCCGCCGGCCAAGAGUAGCCCCGUUCGCGGCUUUACUUUGGCUUACCUGCGCUCAUACGGUGGCGGGAGGAUCUCCCUGACUAAGCCUGUUAGCUUGCUUGCUGGCUAGCUGGUGGCUAACGCCUCGUCGCGGCGUGGAAAGCCCCCCACACCCCCGACGCCGCCGCUUCGGAGGACAACCAGGCUGGGUAUAUAUCAGCCACCGGAGGGUUUAACCACUGGACGAGGAUAUAUUUUUCAAAUUUCCACAGCUUUUUCCCGCUGUUUUUUUUUUAGUUUCUAUUUUUUUCUUUUAUAGAAACAGCGCCCCAUCCGAGUUAGCCGCUAGUGUCACGUAAGCUAAGCAGCCAAGCCAGCCUCUUCGUCACCGUCAAGGUGGACGCUGUCACCUGCACGACCUACCCGAAAGUGGCGGGGUCGGACGGCGGAUCCCUUCCCCGAUGCCGAGAGCCAGAAAAGGCUCCGCUUCGGAGGAGAGAAGAACCGAGAUAAAUAAAUAGGACUGCACUUUUGUGCCAGUUUUUUCUUCCGCGUUUUGUUCCGGUUUCAAUUGAUCGCCAGGACUUAUUAAAAACAACGACAACAAGAAAAGAUGAAGAAGUUUUCCAGAAUGCCAAAGUCUGAGAGUUGCGGCGGGGGCCCCGGCGGAGCCUCCGGCUCCGGGCUCAGCAGCUACUUCGGCAAAGUGUUCGCCGUCGGUCGGUAUCAAGUCACUGUGGAGGAGCUGGUAGCCGAGGGAGGCUUCUCGGUGGUUUUCCUGGCCCGCACGCACAGCGGCAUCCGCUGCGCCCUCAAGCGCAUGUACGUCAACAACGUGCCCGACCUCAACGUCCACAAGCGGGAGAUUACCAUCAUGAAGGAGCUGUCGGGCCACAAAAACAUUGUGGGCUACCUGGACUCUGCCGUCAACACCGUAUCGGACAGCGUGUGGGAGGUCCUCAUCCUCAUGGAGUACUGCAAAGCCGGCCAGGUGGUGAAGCAGAUGAACCAGCGUCUGAACGUGGGCUUCAGCGAGGCCGAGGUGCUGCACAUCUUCUGCGACACGUGCGAGGCGGUGGCGCGGCUGCACCAGUGCAAGACGCCCGUCAUCCACCGGGACCUCAAGGUGGAGAACAUCUUGCUGAAUGACCAGGGCAGCUACGUGCUGUGCGACUUUGGCAGCGCCACGCACAAAGUUCUGCAGCCGCACAAAGAUGGCGUGACCGCCGUGGAGGACGAGAUAAAAAAGUACACGACACUGUCGUACCGGGCGCCGGAGAUGAUUAACUUGUACGCGGGGAAAGCCAUCACCACUAAGGCUGAUAUAUGGGCCCUGGGCUGCUUGUUGUACAAGCUGUGUUUCUUCACUCUUCCAUUCGGCGAGAGUCAAGUUGCCAUAUGCGACGGAACCUUUAUCGUUCCCGACAACUCCAAGUUCUCCCUCAAGUUGCACUGCUUAAUCCGAUAUAUGCUCGAACCAGACCAGGAGAAGAGACCCGACAUAUACCAAGUGUCCUACUUUGCCUUUAAAUUUGCAGGAAGGGACUGUCCUGUGCCAAAUAUCUUUACUUCUCCCAUCCCCACGUCGUUACCGGAGCCUCUCACGGCCAGCGAAGUGGCCGCCAAGAAGAGUAUGACAAAAGCAAGAAUACGAGACUCGGUGGGGCCGACAGAGACCUCCAUCGCCCCCCGACAGAGGCCCAAGGCGGCCAACAGUAACAUCCUGCCGCUGGCCACCGUCACGCCCGUCAAGAUGAGCGCGGGGCCUUCUGCGCCUGUCAGCAACGGUCAGAAAGCUCCCACUCCCGGUCCAGGACAGCCUUGCGUACAGCCGCAGCCUGGCAGUCAGCAGCACCGAGUGCUACAGCAGCUGCAGCCGGGUGACCUGCGCCUUCAGCAGCUCCACCAACAACAACAACAACAACAACAACAAGCUCUACAGCAGCAACACAUUAACGCGCAGCAUCUCCAAUACCUCCAGUACCAACAGGCUGUGCAGCAGCAGCAAGUUUUACUGCAGCAACAGCAGCAAAUGAUGAUGCAGCAGCAUCAGCCCAUGUAUCAGCAGAGAGGCGCUCACGCUGCUCAGGCCCAGUACGCCGCCAUGCUGCAGCAGUACCAACAGGCUUUCGUUCAACAACAACAUCAUCAUCAUCAUCAUCUCCCCACCUACGCGUCCUCGCCGCUGGACUUCCAGGCGCAUCCGGGCUCCUACAACGCCACCACGCCCGCCGCCGGGACGCCUUCGCCUGCCGAUUCGUCCUACUCCAAUCCCAGAACGCCCAUGCUGGCCUCAGACGGCGCCAGCCCUCCCUCCCAGAGCGCCAGCCACCCUCCCGACAUGUCGCGCUGGAACCCGUUCGGCGAGGACAACUUCUCCAAGCUGACCGAGGAGGAGCUGAUCGAUCGCGAGUUCGACCUGCUCCGAGCAAACAAACCUGUGGAGAGAACGGCCAGCGCGGAGGCCGACCACCCCCCGCCCGCCUCCGGCGGCAAGCCCCUCCCGACCGAGGACCUGUUUGGCUCGGUGCCGUUUGUGGCCAACGCAGGUUCCGACGUGGCGGCGAGCGAUCCGACGACACCCGAAGGCAUCGUUCCGCUUCCUGCUUCGCUGGACGAUCGGUCGCCGCCACCGGCGACGGCCAAGGAGCACAAGUCCACCAAGAGGGGCGACGACUCGGACAGCGACUUCGAGUCUGACCCACCUUCGCCGAAAAGCAGCGAAGAGGAGGAGGAGGAGCCCGAGGAGGAUGAAGGCCCCGUCAGCGAACACGGCGAGGACACCGAGCCUGAGAAUCUGGGUCAGCGACCGCUCUUGAUGGAGUCCGAAGAAGACGGCGAGGACGACGACAAGCGCAGCUUGGACUCGGAGGACAAGGCCAAAAAUCUCUCCAAGAAGCAAGUCGGCGCCGGGCGGAGGCAUCAAGGCCGGUCCGAUCCGGUUCCGGCGGACCCUCGGGACUCGCUCGCCCCGGUGGACAUCUUCGGCGCCGUCCCCUUCCUUGCCGGAGACCCCGUGGUGGGCGAUAUCUUUGCCGAAGCGCCUUUUGGGCAGGUCGGCCCCCAACAGGCGGCGGCGGCCGAAGAUUUUGACGUCUUCACCAAAGCGCCGUUCAGCCGCAACCUCUCCAAGAACGCCGGCGGCCCGACGCCGCCCGUUUCCCCCGCCGAGGGCGUGGACGUCUUCGGCUUCGGCCCCUUCCAGCCGGGCGCCCCGUUUCCGACCACGUCCAGGAGCGCCGAGGACAUUUUUCUCCCGUCGGCAGAGGACUCGCCGCGGCAACAGAGGUUGAAACAGCGCAGCCUCCAGAAGCUGUCGUCGCGCCAGAGGAAAAGCAAGCAGGACGCCGCCGGGACGGGCGGCGGCAAGCGGCACCACGGAACCCCCACUGGCGGGAGGAAAAGCGCCAAACCCGCUUUCCGGACCCCGGAGUGGGUCCGCAGACACAAGAAAGUGGGACGGCGGGACUCGCAGAGCAGCAACGAGUUCCUCAGUGAUUCCAAAGAGAACAUCAGCGUGGAUGUCACCAUUGCCGAAGGGAAGGACCACGGUGGCCAAAUCCAAAAGGACGACGUUCUGGAUCCCUUCGGGGCCAAACCUUUCCACCCGCAGGACGGAGGGCGCAACGGAGGAGGCGGCUACCCGGGGGGCCUCGCCGAAAGCAAGAGCGACCUGGGCACCUCCUGGGCGGCGGCUCUUCGCGGGGAUUGCGACGCCACGGACGAUUUCGGGGCGGUGCCUUUCACGGAAGUGGUGGUCCCCGGCGGACCUCGGCAGCAGCCGGUAGAACUGGACCCUUUUGGUGCCGCGCCGUUUCCAUCCAAGCAGUGACUCCGGACGUCUUCCCUUUCUGACCGCUAGCCCGGAAGUGGCUGUGCGACAGACGGCGUUGGACUUCUUGAGACCACUUCGAUCCUGAAGUCCCCCCGAAGCGGUUUUGUUGCCACGGCGGGAUGAGAGAGAAACCUUGGCAAUCCAACAGACUGAUUUGGAAUGCGUGACCACUUACAAGGGCACCGCAUCAUUGAGCGCGAGGGCAACCCAACAAACUGUGAUUUCCAAUUAACCCCCCCCCCCCCCCUAACAAUCGCCACCUCAACCAGAGCACCCAAGACCAUGCCCAAGGUCAGGACUUCUUGGCCCUGGCGCAGUCCCGGGUGGCUUCAAAAUGUGAUCUCGAAAGUGCAAAUAUCCCACGACGACCGGCCUGAACAGGCAAGCACCUUCGGUUCCGCAGGAACAGGAUCGUGCUGGGCGGAGUCUCGCAUGGUGCCAACUCAAGACGGGUUUUUGGGUGCACUGCCCCAGAAAAUCUCAAGUUACGCUCAACUGGGAUAUCCAACGCGCUUUUGUAACACUCAUUCGUAGCACAAAGACUGAUUUCUAAUUUGCGACUGUUCCAGUGGUACUGCGCUAAGCUACCGCUCUGUUUCUUUAAUUUCUAAAGUAGCACUGCAACGCUGAGCAGAGGUUGCAAGACUUCCGAGAUUUAUUUUGGUCCCCGUUUGGGUAAAAGGUAUCCUGGACCUGGAGAGCCCCAAGGGGAGAACUCCAAGGUGCUAACGGUGGGGAAAUCCUGAUGUCCUGAGCCCCACCAGUAGAAAGUCCUUUCUCGGCUCUUCACGGGAAAUGUAAAACCAAGGACAAUUUCUUUUUGGGGGGUGUGGGGGUGGGGCAGGGGCGUUUCCUCCACCAAACUGAAGUAGUAGCGAGAUCGGCAAGACCACUUUCCAUAUAUGAGAUUCUCUUUUGGACCAAGUCUGUCCCUGAAACAGAGACAGACUUGUGAAGCGUCACCUCUGGGAAGUCCUAGUCUGACCGUGGACUGAUGUUGGGGGGGUGGGGGGGCCUCACAGAAGUGGCACAAGAGAAAUUGCAGACGCAAUUUUUAGCCCCUCCCCCACUUCCAGCAAGGACUCCUUUGCUCACAUCCCCUCACAAAAAGUAUGGCGUACAUCUUCUAAACCGCUUCUCACUAAGGAGUUGACCCACUCUUGGCGUUAGUCUUCCUGUGCCGCAUUUUUUCUCUGGCAGGGCAACCAAAACUGCCGACACCCCCCGAAACCCUGUUGAGGCACUGUGGAGUUAGCAUAUCGUUUUAGCUGUUUUGAUGCUGCAGAAGCGACCUUCUCCAAACUGUGAUUUCUGUCUGACUGUUCUGCACACUUAAAUUUUUUUUUUUUUUGAUACCACAGUGGUACCUUGACUUAUGAGUGCCGUAAUGUUUUUUUUUUCUAGUCAGAAACCGUAGCUUGGUCAUUUUUGUUUACUUUUGAGUUGCGAUCCAAAAUUUGAGUAACAAAAGGUACUGUCGUGCCCUCACAUUUGGGCAAGGAGAGCGGCCGUUUAUGGAGCAAUUCCAACCCACUCAACUCGUAAGGCAAGGUACCACACAGUAUUUUGCACCGCAAAGCCUUACUAGCAUUUCUAUGGGUGGGGGGUCAGGGGGGGCGCCUUUGCUGCACAGUACCUCGGAGAAAACCUUGUUAACCACUUUGAUUCUGUUCUUGUUCAAGCCCUUCUCUUUCUAUGCAUGUCACCGUGGACCAGAAGGGAUUGUUUUUGUUCUCACGUUGACUCUGACUCUGCACUGUGGUGAUUUAUUUUUUAUUUUUUAUUUUGGACACAUUUCUGCAACCGCUCUUCUCCUAAGUGCUCUCUUUUGAUUGUAAGACGCAAUCUGAUAUUUUUAGGCUGAUGCCAUAUUUUUUUUCCUUUUCGAUUUUGUAUGGAAAAAGCUUGAGUUCAAAUAUAUUUGAGAAAUGUGA